UUUGCUUUCCUGAGCCCACCACCUACUCCCACUCCCUCGCAUCCACCCGGCUCUCCCCCGCCUCCGCCCCCGCGGGGGACCGAUAAACCCUAGGCCCCGCCGCCGUCGGAGGCGGCGCCGCAGGAGGACACGCGAUGUCGCACUUCGGGAGGUCGGGUCCGCCGGACAUCCGCGACACCUUCUCGCUGCUCGUCCUCAACAUCAGCUUCCGCACCACGGCCGACGACCUCUACCCGCUCUUCGAGCGCUACGGCAAGGUCGUCGACGUCUUCAUCCCGAGGGACCGGAGGACCGGGGACUCGAGGGGUUUCGCGUUCGUGCGGUACAAGUAUGCCGACGAGGCGCAGAAGGCUAUAGAUCGGCUCGAUGGUGGGGUCUGGCUUUUUCUGGGGGAUUUUCUACCUCUAUCGAUUAGGUACCUGAACUACUUCUCUUUUUUUUUGUGUGUGUGUGUGUGUGCAGGCCGUAAUGUGGAUGGAAGGAACAUCAUGGUGCAGUUUGCAAAGUACGGCCCCAAUGCUGAGCCAAUCCAAAAAGGAAGGGUCAAAGAGGGGGCUGAGAAAUCACGAGACAGGUCAAGAAGCCGUAGUCCAAGGCCAAGGAAUAGAGACAGAGAUCAUAGAAGGCGAAGUCGAAGCAGGAGUAGGAGCAGAGAAAGGCAUGGUCGUGAUAGAGACAGGGACUAUCGUCGUCGGAGCAGAAGUAGAAGCCGAAGUCCAAGUUCAAGCCCUGACCGCAAAAGUCAUCGUAGAGCAAGAGAUGAUGGCAAGCGCAAGAGCAGGAGUAAGAGUAGAAGCAAGAGCAGGAGCAGGAGCAGGAGCAAGAGUAUGAGCAGAAGCAGGAGUAGAAGCCGCUCGUACCAUAGUGCUUCACCUGCCCGGCGUAGUGCUAGCCCUCACAAGAGCCCACCGCCACGGAGGAGCCCCACUCCUGAAAAGCAUACCAAUGGGAAAGAUUCACCUCUGUCACGCAGUGUUUCUCCAUCACCAAAGCGUGCAAGCUCCCACAGCCCAGGCAGCGAUGGCAAGAAUGUUGAGAAGGUUGAUUGAGCACAAUGGAAGUAGCAAUCUGCAAUCAACCGCUAUCCAAGGUUGCUAGUUGUUCCUUUAAUGGCUUCUUGUGUUUUUGAGUUGUCAAAAAUCUGCUCUUGGUUUGUAUUCCGACCUCUAUUGUGUUUUUAUGCCCUUGUACUGCAUCAUCUACUUUAUAUGCAUCAGUUUCUUGAUACCAUCAUAUUAAUUUGUUAAAACAUUUGUGCAUUUUCUAGUUAUCUGUUCGUGAGAUGGGUUGCUGUUUACCGGUAGAAUGGUAUUGCACGGGGCCGACUAUGGUGGAUGAUAUCUUGCUGUUAGUCUUUGUCAUUGGUGUUGAUAUGGUGAUGAUGCAGCUGAUGAUGCGAGCCAAUAUUGUAUUGAUGCUGAUGCUGCUGAUAGUGACCACCUUGAUGCAGUCUUUAUUUUUGUUCGAAAGGUUCUAAAUCAAAUCAUGAAUUCCAGAUGGAUCUCAUGAUUGGUAAGAAUUUUUGCACAAUGAUGCCUUACAAUAUGUUAGUUCUUAUCCCCCUUUUGGCAAGUUCUAGUUGGAACAUGGUGUUUAGUGGCAGAGAUGCUGAGGGUGUACUCAUAAUGACGAUGGUACUCGUACAUGGCUAAUGAUCUCUGUACAGGAGUAGUGUCAAUUAUGAGUAGCAUGGGUCCUGCUGAUCAGGCGGUGGUGGUGAACCAAACUACCAUGUUUUCA